AUGUCUGCUCUAACCAAUGUGAAUGGCUCAGUGGUGGUGCGUGGGGAGGUUCUGUUCCGGGGGGAUGCUCCUGCUCCCACCAACUCCCACCUCAUCCGGACAGUCAUCACAGAGGCAAGCAAGGGAAGGAGCAUCUUCAGCUGGCAGCUGGAGCCCCAGUCUGUCCAGUCUGGUGGCUUCAGCCUGGAGAACCUGGACCCUGAGAAGCUGUCCAUCUCCCUCACUGGCUCCCCACUUGGGAUAAGCAGGAUGGAUCCUCUGGAGAGGCUGGUCAGAGAGGUAACUGCAGCUGUCAAUGCCCUCUACCAUGUGAGGAACUUCACCAUCUCCCAACUCAGACACCUGGGUGGGAACACGGAGAUCACUGGAGACCUCUACCUCGACACAGUUGUCCAUGCUGACGUUACGGAGGUUCUGGAAGCCCUGACUACGCUCUCAGGCCUCUCCAUGGACCUGACCUCCCUCUCGGUGGAGGGCUCCAAGCUUGGUCUGCACGUGUACCCUGUCUCCUUCGUUGUCACCAACAGACACUUCAGCCAGAAGCUUCAGGACCCACUCUCUGCCGAGCACCACAAUCUCUCCAGGGACCUUGGCGAUGCGGUGGCGAGAGCCCUGAGGGAUUACCCCACCUUCCUGACAGCGAUCAUAAGAGAAUUCCUGCCUGGCUCCUUGAUCUGCCAUGGGAGCGUGAUCUUCCGUCCCCCUGCUCCAACCAGCAUGGAGGUUCUGAAGACACUUGUGCUCUCGGUUGGGCCAAACCAGGCUUUGGCUGACUCCGACAUCCAUGUGGAUCCACGUUCUCUCUCUGUGGGAGAGGACACCCUGGACCCUGCCACGCCCCAGCCGGGCUUCCCAGCCUACGGAGUGGCCAUCAUGGUCAUCGGUGGCCUCUGCAUCAUCGCCGCGCCCAUCGUGCUCGUGUGCCUGGGGAGCAAGAGGCUGGGCUGGCAGGAUGGAAGAGCCCUUUGGGACAGAAGAGACCCUGAAGUGGGGAUCCAGACGUUGCAAAUGGAUAACCAGGGCUUCUGGACAGAGGACCCUGAGGAUGGUCACUUUGAGUGGCAGAGCACUUCUGCCUGAGGAGAGAAGCAGCAGCAGCUUGGCGGUGCUUGGAGAGGGGCUGUAGGUGGGAAGGAGAUGCUGAGAAGCUCUCCCUGAUCAUGUGGCAGCAGCUGCCAGGUGCUCCCUGAGCUGAAUGCAGA